UCGCUACAGGGAAGCCAGCGAGUACCCUUUUAUCAGAUUCCUUCCAUCCUACCUCGCAAUAUCCCCCCGAGUCUUUCCCCCGAUACUGUCACUUAGCCUUUCAAGCCCGCAAGAAACAACAGAUAUCCAUCCACUCUCAUCGUAGAAACACGCUCAAACCACUCCAUCAUGUACAUUCAAGUUCCCAGCAUUCAAAGCGUACUCACCGCAGGCCUAGCCCUGACUGGCACGCUAACCAAACCUUCCACGGUUGCUGAAGGCAAGGUCAUGGACUACGCUGUCGAGAAAUGCCACGACGAUGAUGGCAACACACGCUGCUCCAAGCCGUUCCUAGUCACGAAAUCUACGUGCUACAAGAUCGAGUGGAGCACCGAGGGCGCGCUCACGCAUACUACAGCCGAGGUGCGCGACGCCGGGUCCGACGAGCUGGUGUACUACCGCGAUACCGAUGGGGAAUGGACUCCAAAGAAGGGCGAGCUGGUGUAUUUGGACUUUAAGCCCAAAGUCGUGGGGACAGGGAAUGAUACUAUCGAGUAUAAGGUCCUGACCUGUGAAUAAGAGGUUGGGUUUAGGCCUUGGGGACUUUGUUACAUUAAUAAGAGGUCUAGAAAUAUAGGCUUAAUGUAGACAGCUUCAAAACAAACUAAACCUUUUUUCUUAGACUCUAAUUAUUAUGUAGGACUAGAAGAAUCACAAGGGGGCUGAAGUGUUCCUACAGGGUACAGUUCGUUGCUGAUACCCGCAGGACCCUUCUAUUUUCAAUGAUGGAUCCUCAACUUACCUAACCAGUCCAGUAGAAAUUACUCGUAGGCUUCAUCUCUGUAUCGUGGACUGUAG